GGAGGGGGGGGCAACCGAUAGACCGACGGAGCUGGAACCGCUCACAUCACAUUCUUCAUCUCAUCAGAGCCCGGUGAAGGACCUACCCAGCAUACAACAUCACUUAGCUAGCUAGGUUAUUGGACCUCUGACUAAACGAUACGAAUAGCGACCUAAACCUCUCGAUUUACUAGCUAGCUAGCUAGCUAUCAUUUUCAUUUACUGUCAUCCAUGAGAUUCUUCAGGCUAUCAUUCAAGUGCUUCGUCGACUGCUUUUGAAUUCCCUCUCCCCAACGUCUGACGCGACGCUUUGUAAAUAUUGCAUUUAUUGUUGAAGGGCACCAACUCGUUAUGAUAAAUUAAAAAAUAUACAUUUUUUUUGAUAACAAGAAGGCGAAAAAGAAACCAAGGAAAGAACUGGAGAACUGCAUAGCUUCUCUCUCUGUCUCUCUCCCCCUCUGAGGCGCACUGAGUAUCUUGAUAGCGUCACUAGCUACUAGCUAGCUGCACUUGGCUCUACCCACCUAACGUUACCCGGUUUAUUUAAACCUAAUCAAUCAACAUGUCGCCAGAAGUGGAAGAGAACUCCCCAGGUGAUGUACGGCUCUCCCAGAUGGAAGCAGGGAUUCCAUCUGAGGAGGAGGGUGGUGUGGCUCGCCCCCUAGUCCCUGUGCCUGGGGUUGGGGUGGGGGCAGGGGGGUGUGAGGGAGGGGGAGGACAGACCCAAACACAGCCUCAGGUCCAGGCUACAGCAGUACCGUAUGUAGAGAGAGAGACCUGGACCAGACAGAUGGACUUCAUCAUGUCCUGUGUGGGCUUCGCUGUGGGGCUGGGCAACGUGUGGCGCUUCCCUUACCUCUGCUACAAGAACGGUGGAGGCGUGUUCCUGAUCCCCUACAUGAUUAUUGUGUUCAUCGGAGGUAUUCCCGUGUUCUUCCUGGAAAUCGCUCUUGGUCAGUUCAUGAAGCAAGGAGGGGUCUCUGCAUGGAACAUUGCCCCUCUCUUUAAAGGUCUUGGCCUGGCCUCCAUGGUAAUAGUGUUCUUCUGUAACACCUACUACAUCAUGAUCCUGGUGUGGGGCCUGUACUUCCUGCUUCACUCCUUCACCAACCCAUUACCCUGGGCUACCUGCGGGCACCCCUGGAACACCCUCAACUGCACCGAAAACUUCCGCCGGGCUUGCCACAACCGCAGCACCCUGCCUCUCCUCUCCUCCACCCCCGAUCCCUCUAUCCCCACCUCCCUCCUCUCGUCGGUGGUAUCCUCCCCGCUCAACCUCUCAUCCUCUACUCUGCUCCUCUUCAACGGCAGCUGCGUGGAACCAGAGGGCAUGCGCUCGCCAGUCAUUGAGUUCUGGGAGCGUAAGGUGCUCCGUCUCUCUGGUGGUCUGGAUGAGCCUGGUGACAUCAGCUCUCACAUGGUCCUCUGUCUGAUCGCCACCUGGGUUAUUGUUUACUUCUGCAUCUGGAAGGGAGUCAAAGGCACAGGCAAGGUAGUGUACUUCACAGCUCUGUUUCCUUACCUGGUCCUGGUGGUUCUGUUGGCCCAUGGUGUAACCUUACCUGGAGCGCUGGAUGGGAUUGUGUACUAUCUGAAACCAGACUGGUCCAAACUCUGGGAAGCCCAGGUGUGGAUCGAUGCUGGCACUCAGAUCUUCUUCUCCUAUGCCAUUGGUCUGGGUGCUUUAACUGCCCUUGGCAGCUACAACCGCUUCCACAACAACUGCUACCAAGAUGCGUUUGUUCUAGCCAUGAUCAACAGUGGGACCAGUUUCUUUGCAGGGUUUGUGGUGUUCUCAGUGCUGGGCUUCAUGGCUGCAGAGCAGGGGGUCGACAUCAGCAAGGUGGCUGAGAGUGGUCCAGGCCUGGCCUUCAUAGCCUAUCCCAAGGCUGUUACUCUGAUGCCUAUGGCUCCAGUCUGGGCAGCGCUCUUCUUCUUCAUGCUGUUGGUACUGGGCCUGGAUAGCCAGUUUGUUGGGGUGGAGGGCUUUGUCACGGGGGUCAUGGACAUGCUACCGCCCAAAUCUAUGGCGGGCUCGCUGCGUCGUGAGGUUGUCGUGGCGAUAUGCUGCAUCACCUGCUUUUUCAUCGACCUCUCCAUGGUAACAGAGGGAGGGAUGUAUGUGUUCCAGCUGUUUGACUACUACUCUGCCAGUGGGAUCACACUGCUCUGGCAGGCCUUCUGGGAGUGUGUGGUGGUGGCCUGGGUCUAUGGUGCAGAUCGUUUCAUGGAUGAUGUGGCUCGUAUGAUUGGCUACCGGCCGAUGCCCUACAUGAAGUGGUGCUGGUCCUACAUCACGCCCCUUGUUUGUGUGGGAGUGUUCCUGUUCCACGUGGUGAACUACAAGCCCCUGACCUAUAACUCAGUGUAUACCUACCCCUUGUGGGGGGAGGCGCUGGGCUGGUGUCUGGCCCUCUCCUCAAUGCUCUGCAUCCCCAUCACUGUCCUCUACAAACUACUGCGAUGCAAAGGAUCCUUCACAGAGCGUUGGCAGCACCUGACCACUCCGGUGUGGGGUCGACAUCACAUGGAGUACUUGGCUCCUGAGUCUGAGGCCAAACUGCUGCCCCCUAAUGGCCAGACCAAAAACACUUUGCUGUUUGAGAGUGUCAUCUGACCAUCUGAGCCCCACAGAAUCCACCCCCUCGUUUCCCACUCAGAACCCUACGUCCCAAAUACACACUCACACAAACACACAUAGAUACAUACACACACCCUGCCUUGGCCCAUCCAUAAAUGCACAGGAAGGCCACUCUGAAGCCGAUCAAACACACACACUGAACAGCCCUGGACCAAUGGACCAAAGAAAAGAUGGGACAAAAGCUCAAAUACACAAUCAAUACAGGCUGACAUUCUUUCUGUUUUCCUCUACCUCUCUCUCUCUCUCAAGGGCUCUGAGUCUCUGUGCCUCAGUGCUGUCCUUUCCUGCCUCGUCCUGUGAUUGUGUUGUGAUGUCGAAUGCAGCUGCGAUAUUUGCCCCCCCAUCCCACCUCCACUGUGCCUCUCCCUUUCUCCUCUCUUGUCUGUGUGUGUCCCUCUCCUCCAUGUGUAAUGGAUUCUGUGGGGCGGUUCAGUGCUGCUGACCCAGUCUGUAGUAACCCAACAUACCCUGUUGAUGGUGCUGAAUGAGUAUUACUGAUCCCAAGCUGGCAAACACUUAUCUGUCUACUGUAGAUCUGACUGUGUGUGUGUGUGUGUGUGUGUGUGUGUGUGUGUGUGUGUGUGUGUGUGUGUGUGUGUGUGUGUGUGUGUGUGUGUGCGCGUGUGUGACUAAAGGAGAGAGGUACUGUGCUCUAUGUUAUCUGUGUCCGUCUUUGACUCUGAGCUCAACCUGUCACCCGACCACUAUUUUCUAUCCUCCCUCAUCAGUCAAACUGUUAAGAAACUUCCCUCUGUAAAUUAGAAAAACAGCUAAGCAUCACCACUUUCAGUGUAACUAACUAACUUACUAACUUAAGUGUCUUGAGUAUUGUGUGAGUCUGUGAAUCAGUGUUAAUAUUGGGGAGGGGAUUGUAAUCAGCAUUUCCACCUUGUGAGAGAGAGAGAAGCCUACUGAUUUAGAAAGAGAGAGAGGGAGGGAGGGAGAAGCCUACUGAUUUAGAAAGAGAGAGAGGGAGGGAGAGAAGCCUACUGAUUUAGAGAGAGGGAAGGGGAGAGAGAGAGAAGCCUACUGAUUUAGAAAGAGGGAGAAGGAGGGAGAGAGAAGCCUACCAAUGGAGAAAGAGAGCGAGGGAGAUGGAGGGAGAGAAGCCUACCAAUGGAGAAAGAGAGCGAGGGAGAGGGAGGGAGAGAAGCCUACCAAUGGAGGGAGAGGGAGGGGGAGAGAAGCCUACCAAUGGAGAAAGAGAGCGUGGGAAAGGGAGGGAGAGAGAAGCCUACCAUUGAAGAGCGAGGGAGAGAGAGAAGUAUACCGAUGGAGAAAGAGAGAGGGAGGGAGAGAGAAGCCUACCAAUGGAGAAAGAGGGAGGGAGAGAAGCCUACCAAUGGAGAAAGAGAGCAAGGGAGAGGGAGGGGGAGAGAAGCCUACCAAUGGAGAAAGAGAGUGUGGGAAAGGGAGGGAGAGAGAAGCCUACCAUUGAAGAGCGAGGGAGAGGGAGAGAGAGAGAAGUCUACCGAUGGAGAAAGAGAGGGAGGGAGAGAGAAGCCUACCAAUGGAGAAAGAGAGCGAGGGAAAGGAAGGAAGAGAGAAGCCUACCAAUGAAGAGCGAGGGAGAGGGGGGGGAGAGAGAGAAGCCUACCAAUGGAGAGAGAGAGCGGGAGGGAGAGAGAAGUCUACCAAUGGAGAAAGAGAGAGAGGGAGAGCAAUGUGUCUUAAUGCCAAGCCAAGAGAGAAGCAAUAAAAGACCAGAUGGAAACUUUA